AUAGUUCGUAGUCGUACAGAAAGUAAAAUGUAAUUUACAUAUUGAUCAAUAUUAUUAUCUCUGUAAUGUUUUAUAUGAAAUGUUAACCAUUUCAGAUAAAUUUACUCAGUUCAUAAUCACAAAUCAGGUUCUACACUACCUGUUGAAUUGCACACAGUCUCUUUGUGAAAGCAGAUGGUUGCAGACCUGUGAAGUACCAUGAGGGUGAAUCUGAAGAUGUCCGUAGUGUGUCUGAGUGCGGUUGGAGUGUUGGUAACACUGUCAGUUUGGAGUCGAUGUGGUGGUGAUUUGAGAGCCUUUGCACAUCAUCUUCGAGAUAAUGACCAGGAUGGACAGAGUGAGCGCUCUGGCAACGAAGGACAAGGGUUUGAAGAACUCGAUUGCAACAUUAAUGGAGAAUACACGAUUGGCUGCCGAAGAGAAGGAGAAGAAGUUUAUAUACCUUUUUCAUUUCUUCAUAAGUACUUUGAGGUAUAUGGCAAGCUAGCAACGUAUGAUGGAUAUGAAAGGUUUGAAUGGUCCCACUCUUACUCCAAGGUCUACUACCCCAAGUCUAGAUACGAGCCUCGCGGCGUCUUUCUGUACUUUGAGAAUUACAAUGUCGAACUCAGAGAACGAGUCAAAUGUAUCAGUGCUAUUGAAGGUGUGCCAGUGUCUACCCAGUGGGAGAGUCAAGGCUACUUCUACCCAACGCAGAUCGCCCAGUUUGGUUUGUCUCACUACAGCAAAAACCUGACGGAGCCAGAGCCGAGACGCAAGAUUCUCGAGGAAGGCAGCGGAGCCACUCCGGACUGGACGAUUGGUCCUGGUGCCAUUGCUGUGAGAAGUAUGGAGCAGCCUCGCCACUCUCAUGUGCUCAAGUUUCAAACUUCCUCUGAGGCUGGUAUCAGCCUAGUGGUAGACCACGUGUUGGACUUUGUCCUGAGUGCAGAUGUUCGGCUGUCAGUUGAAGACAACUCGUCUCUGGCCGUAACACUGCACAAUCGUGAGAAGAAGCAAGUCUGGACUUUGCACUACACCUGCUCCAAUCAGCUGCUGGAUGCCCAAGAGCAAAACAUUUUCUACGGACUCGGCUGUCAGCACCAUAGUGAUUGGCAUCACAUUACGAGAGAUUUGCUCGUGGAUUUGCAGAAAGGCUUGGUAUUGCUCAACAUGGGGAAGCGCAAGAUAUCUCGAUCUAAAUUCAAAGUGGGGACCAUCACUCUAACUGGAUCUGGUAUGUUGGACAACCUGACUCUGUCGUCCAGCGAGCACAUGUCGCAGUUCUACGCGGCUGCACGGUGGUUCGUACAUCAUCAGGACCCAGACACAGGUGGCUGGCCCAAUCCUGUCCGGCGUCGUGGCGUGCAAGGCAUGCGCGAUUUGCAACCGGGCUGGUUGUCAGCAAUGGGCCAAGGGCACGGCAUUUCUGUGCUUGCUCGAGCGUACUACCACUCAGGUGGUGAUCGUCAGUACCUGGACGCUGCGCUCAAAGCACUCAAGCCAUUCAGAGUGCUAAGUAAAGACGGGGGAGUUUUGGCUCUGUUUUUAGGCCAGAUCCCAUGGUAUGAGGAGUAUCCGACAGACCCGCCUUCGUUGGUCCUCAAUGGGUUUAUCUACUCGUUGAUCGGACUGUACGACCUGGUGAGUCUGGCUCCUGCGUUGCAAGCUCGCGAUGCUGCUGCCCUCUUCAGUCAAGGCAUCAAGUCGCUCAAGAAGCUGCUACUCAUGUUCGACACUGGAUCGGGCACAAACUACGAUCUACGCCACCUCACUAUCGGUUGUGCUCCCAACAUUGCAAGGUGGGACUAUCAUGCCACACAUGUUAACCAGCUGUUGCUGCUGGCCACGAUAGACAAAGAUCCUCUGUUAUCGACAACGGCAGGUCGGUGGGUCGGAUACAUGAGCGGCAAGCGAGCGCCUCACAAUUGAGCAGCAAGGUUUGUGGCACGAUUCAGUGUAGUCCUUGAAAGAUAUGGUAUUUUAAUGCCAAUUUUGUACUAAACUGUGAAGAAAUGUAAAUUCUUUGUUAUUUCUCAAAGUGCAAAGGGCAUUAAAUGCCACUUAAUUACUUUGAAUAUUAAUGACAAUUUUUUGUUUUAUUUAUUAUGAAACGAGUUUUCUGGUCUGAUAUGCUUUAAACUUGAUGUAUAAUCUUCUAAAACUGAGACGUGUUUAUUUUUGUAUACUUAUGUUUCAUUAGGGACGUUUUGUACCAAAUUACUAUUUGAAUCUUUUCUGUAUCAUUUUAGUCAACUGAAUUACGUACUCAAUACAUAUCAUUUAUAAGUAAUGUAUAUAAGACACGAGAUGUUCAUGUAGACUAAUUUUUACUCUGUAGUUACUAAGCAGUUUUAUUCUUGCAAAAGUUUUAUUUAAACAACAUUUCAUUGAUAGUAGGCUGUGUUUUUUUAUUUUUUAAACUAAGUGGAUUCAUCAUUAAUUGAAAGCUUUGUGAUAAAUGACAUCUGUGUCUGGUAACGCUUCGCAUGGAAUCGAACCAGCGAGCUUCAGAUUUUAAAAUGACCACAGUAACCACUUGUCUUGCCUACAUAAUAAAAUUAUGUUAUUUUUUACUUUACAUCAGCGUAGAAUCAUUGAGUUUGUGGUAAUAUAAAUAUACAUUCUGUAGAUUUUAAAAAAGCUAUCUAUAUAGAUUCUAUAUCUAGGCCUAUUUAUUUCUUGAAAAUUUGAUUAUUGUUUUCAAUUUAUUCCCAGGACUUGUUUUGUGUCAGAAUUUGCUUGUGUGAACUUUAUAAAAGAAUCAAAUAUUCAAAUUCAAUACUUGCUCAUGUUAGGAGAGUCCAAACAAUGUUACCACAAUAUAAUUAAAAAAUGAAAAGCUGAUUUUUUUUGGUUGUAUUGUAAUAUAUUUUAGGUUUAGCUUUCCUUUUGGUGAGCUCAUUGCAAAAUUAGAUACACUAGGGCCUAUUUAUUGUGAAAAUCUAUGGGAUUGAUCGGCCAACUAAAGUUUGAAUUAUUUCCAACUUCACUUUGUGAAAUUAUCAGAUCGUGACCUGUUUUACUGCCAAGGAUAGCAUGGACACAGGUAAUGCCUAAUCGAUUAUAAUUAUUAUACAACUGAAAACAACAAGAUUGUUGGGGCAAUAAUCAAGCCUAUCAAAUUACAUAUCAUUUGAUGUCUGACAUAUUGUGUUUUAAAAAGAAAUUCGUACCCUAAUUCUUUAAAUAAAGGAGGUUUCCCAAUAGUUACAAAAUUCAAAAUUACUAAACGUUUCCUUUGUUAUGAACUAUUCUCUAUUUGAGUUAUCCUUUUUUCCUGCCAUCUCUAAUCAACUUAGGUAUAGUGUUUAGACUGAUUGAAUAUGUAGUAAAUACUAUUUGGUGAUCUCAUAACUUAAGACCAUUUCAUGUUUGGAAUGCUGUUUUAGUAUUUAAGUUCUGAGGUAAAAAUACUGAGACAUGCAACAACUUUGUAGAUUUAGUGAAAUAAUUGUAAAAUAUUUGUUUAGUUGGUAGCUGUUAGUUAUGGAAGGAAUAUUUAAUUUUUUUGUUUAAUAGUCUUAAAAUAAUCUUUAACCUAUUGUUUAUAAUUUGUUUUCAACUGUAUCAGAAUUCUAGGGGUGUGUGAAUAGGGAUUUUUGGGUUUGAAUCAAAUUAAAUAGAAUACUUCAUAAUAUAUCCGAAUAUCGAAUAUUACUGAGUAACUAUUUGCAGUAACUAUAUCCAGUCGUCAUUAUUCUCUAUUUUUGCAACAUGUCGGUUAUAGCUCUCUGAAUGAUCUGAAAGGUUUGAUGAGGGACAUGAUCCCAUGCUGUAAGUCUUACCAGUGCAGGUUUGACUGUGCGCGAGUACUGUGACGUGGCCUUUGAAAAGCUGAUUUACAAGGUUCUGAAUAGCUGUUUCGUAUAUGUCAACCUGUGGUGUGCUGUUGUCAAACACAUAAUUUCUCAUCUUGGUUAUAAUUUGCUGUGUCUUAGGCUCAGAAAUGACUUCCACUCAAGAUCUACAUUCACUAUCCAACUCACAAGGCACUAACGACCUCACAUGUAUGGCAACUUGGACGGAAUCCAUAUGCAUGAUUUAAGUGUUAUCUAUCUUGAUACUCUUCGAUGAAUUUAUAUGAAAAUUAUAUGAAUAGUGUAAUCUGAAAACUAAUAAGAUCUUGCAGCUCCUCCAUAAAUUAACUUUAUUGUAUAAAGUAAAGUUUAUGAAAAACUUACUGGUACCGUUAGGUCUAUUUACUAUUUGAAUGUUUGAAAUACUCAUCAAUAUCGAGCGGGCUCAAAUAUUAAAGAAUUCAUAAAUUACAAGGCUAAAAUGUGGUUCGGAUUCCACUAUAAACUGUAAGUCCCUUAGUUGCUGCCAUUGGCUGUUAUUAAUUAACAGUUCUGUGUAAGGAACAUGUCGGCCUUAGUCAAUAACAAGACUAAAAGAUCGCGCCACUCAUCCCACUCUCAUCUCCAUUCAUACUUGGCUUAAAAUACCUACUUCGCACACUCCUACAGAACUCUCAAAAUUAGUACUAUAAUAGUUAUAAUUUUGUUACGUUAAUCUAUUUUUUUCUCGUAGCAGGUGGGAAAAUGUCUCACUGUUCAAAUAGGUAAUUGGUGCUAAUUGUAAAUAUUACUACCUAUAUAUAUGUGUAAUUACUUGUGUAUCUAUAGUAUAUUAAUUAAAUGUAAUAUUUACAUGAUUUGUAAAUAAUAUAGUAGGAACAUACAUAUUAAUAUAUUAUUUUUAUUUUUAUUAACCUUUACUAAUAUUAUAUAUUAUACGAGUGAAUAUCUGAUUUUCUUUUCUGCUAUUAAUGCUUGAUUCUUUCAUUUACUUAUUUUUACUUUAACGUGCAAUUGCCAAUGUUACCUUAAAGUAGUUCAGGGAAAAGAGUCAAUUAGAAUAUUAUUAAAUUGUACACAAAAUUGGGGUACAUAAAAUAUAGUGUAGAUUAUACUUAUAUUUAAUACAUUAUUUCAUAUGCCACUUUUGCUUGUAAUUGCUAGCAUAGAUAAAACAUACUCCCCCAAGUAGAUUUCUCAUCCUUAUACAACAGCUGAAGACAAUUUUAUUGUUAGUUCUGUACGGUUUAUGUAGAGGUUGUGUUUUGUUUACAACUUGUUUCCAGUUAUUACAGUCAUUUAAAACCUUGUUUAACCAAAUAAUACGAUUUAAUCAUAAACAAUAACUUGUCACCUAGUUAUAUAACCAAACAGUAAAGCACAAAUAAAGAAAUUAACCCUAAAAUGAUAGAAUCAAAAUUUUGUCGACACUAGCGCCCAGUGUCACCGUACAUGAACUUGACUCGAAAAACGUGCUUCAAAAUUUACAAUGAGAAGUCUACUUGUGUUGGUUAGUCUAUGUUGCUAGUCAUUUUACUCCGUUGAGGUUUUUGCAGUUAAGUUUAUGAAGUACACUAGAGAUCAUAUUUCAACAAAUUUAUAGACUUUAUUAAUAAGUUUUUUGGAAGUAAAACACCUGGCUUAGGAAUACAUUAGGGAGAAGGGAUGGAUACACAACUAACUAACCUAUGAAGAGGACAAGGUUAAAAACACACAAAAAAGUUAAAUUGGCCAUCACCUUUUGUCUGACGAAACCCGUUGUUGGGACGACAUAGAAGGAAAAUACAGAGGAAACAUUCAAUGGCACACUUAAGUCAUGUCUAGCACCAGUCGCUUGUGUCUAGUUCAAAUUCUAUUGGUCGUCCCCUUCAGCUCUCCUCUCCCCCUCACCAUCACACACUACAGCGCUUACGAUGUAGGAAUAGCCUGUGUGCUACAACUGCUGUUGUAAACAAUAGCCGUUCGGGCUCUUCCUUGCUCGGUACUAGUAUAUUUCCGUCCCACCAUUCCAGAGCUAAAAGCACACGGUUGUAUCAUAAGCAUGUUUCUUACUUCCUUGUGUUGGGACAAAAUAUCAAAUUUAUUGUGUUGUGAACUUUUUUUGUGUGCUUUUAACUACCUGCAACUCUUUUCUUAGGUAAGUUAGUUGUGUAUAUACAUUCCUUCUGUAUUAUCUGCUCUUUAAUAAUUGUUUUUGUCUGAUUCAUUGACUGUCUAAGUGCAUAUCAUUAUCAUAAGCUUUCAAAAAACGAAUUGAGAACUGCUAACAAUGUUUGGUUAAAUUUGGUAAUUCUUUGGCACAUUCUUUUGCCAUUAACGCUUGGUAUUCUACAUAGCCUACUUUAAUUAAAUUGUUUUUUAUGUAUAUUUGUUGUAGGGUCUUCUUCUCUAAACUCAAAGUCAAAUAUAGGUUAGAUUGUUUACAUCUUGGAACUGAUUUUAUGUACUUUUCUGUUUGAUAUACUAUCAGUAGAAUUAGUAGAUUGCCUAAGAUGUCUAUAAGUAGUGCACUUCAAUCCACAUGAGCUUAUUACCUCUAGUAUACCACCCUUGUGUAAAUACAAAAUAUUUUGGAUAGAGUUAUAAUUUUGUAGAGAGAACUGUACAUCUAUUGAUUGUGAUUGGCUUUGUUAAGCCCUAAACGUGUACAUAAUGUUGUUACUUUGUGAACUAAACAUGUGUAACUUUGUGUAUGUAAAAAGUGUCAAGAUAAAUCAUGUUUAGUCGAACUGUACUUAAAUGUGUAUUGUUUUAUAGAUGAAAUUUUUAUUUAUUUGACUAUAUAAACUUGAAUUUACAAUUUGAUUUGGAGCCAAGAAGGAAUUAUUAGUUUGUUAGCUCAGGGUUUCUCAAUCUUUGGUACGCAGAAGGUGGUACGUGGUGACAUUUUUAAGUAUGAGUAUUACAUGUCAGGAUUUUAUGCAGCAUUAGUUCGCGGUCCAUUGACAACUGUAGUUAACAAAAAAUUAGAAAGUUGAAUUUCUCCAAAGAUAUUUUCUAACGAGUGCAAUAUAGUUUUUGUAACAAAAACUACAAAUUGAUAUGAAAUAAUAGCACUCAAAUAAUAUAAAAUUUAAAACUCGAGCCCAAAGCUCAGUUCUUAUACUAGGGUUUCAUCUUUUGUGAACCCAUAAUCUUCUCAGGAAAGGUCCAUGUUUACAACAGGAAAAUGUGUUAGUUCCGUUAGCAAAAUAAUUAAUAGGUAUUAAACAUAUUCCAUCCAUAAUAAUAAAUAAAUAAAUAAUAAAACUACGUUCGCAGUACUGUGAAUUUAGUUUUAAAGAUUUCUCUGUGGUUACAGUGUUAUGUAAUUAAAAUACCCACUUUCUUCUGAUGGUGUAUAACACUUAUAAAUACCACUAGGGAUUUGAAGUGAACUGACUCGGGUACACUGGCUACAUUAAUGCAACUAAAUACACUUUAUUGCAAAAUCAUACCGUAUUAAAGGAAGUGCUUUUCACAAAUAUUGAGCUUUAAACUUAAUUUCACCUUGAACACUUGUGUUCACAGUGUAUUUUUAAAUAAACACAAGAAAAUGAGGUUGAGGAGUCUUAUUUACCGUUGCUCAACAGUUCAGUUAUUUUGUAAUUGAAUGGUAAAUCUGUUGAAAUACUUGAAUGUAAAAAAUGUCAGGCUCCGAUAGAUCUCCAUCUAGAUAAAAGCCACACUAUUCAUUGUACCGGGAAAGAUAUGAUCUUAGCUCCCAUGGUAAUGAAAACUCUGUUGAGAAUCGCAGUAGUAAUAAUUUGUCUGAAGGUAGCUUUUCUGAGCUACGUACACAUUCGAAACGUGGCCUUGAAAAGAGUCCAAUGCGGUCUCAUUCACCUCCAACUCAGCAAUGUUCCUCGUCUCGAGGAUCUGCUUUCAGCUGAUAUUUUUGGUUGUAGGCUUCUCGUUAAACCUAAAUAUUAUUUAAACAGGGAAUUAACCUGACAUGCUAAGGAAAUAUUUUAGUAAAAAUUUAAUCAGUCAUGAAAUAUUUUAGUAAAAAUUAAUUCAGUCAAUCGAUCUUGGCUUAGUCUGCAGGUUUGCGGUGGGGGGGAGGAGAAAUUUGUUUCUAAUAAGAAUCUCCGUUCAGCUCUGUUUUUCACUUGUCCUUACUUUAUACGGAAAUUAUACUUCCUUGUGAAUGACAAUAACUUCUAAGUGUUGUUUAAUCUUAACGAUUGUAUAUUGUAAAAAAGGUUUUUAAUUGUCUUUUGAUUGUUCGCUUUACGUUGAUUUUACUGCAAUUCUAUUUACCAUAAUCAAAAACUUAUGUGUUAUUGUGAAUGAAAUAAAUGUUAUGAUUGAACCUGUAUUUUGCACAUGAUACUAUAAGCACUAAAGGAAAAUAAAACACAACUUUAUAACA